GAGGAGGUGGGGAAGGAUGCGAUCCUGCGCACGCGCAGCAGGCGGGCCGGCGCUUUGGCGUUCUCUCUCUGGUCCGUAUGUGAGAGUGGGAGGGGAAGCGGGUUCCUUCGGCUGUGCUGCGCGAGGUGAGCGACUCAGGUUAAGAUCAUGGUUAUGAAGGCUUCAGUAGAAGAUGAUGAUUCGGCUUGGGAGCUCAAUAUACCUGAGAAGAUGGAAAAGGGUAACACAAGCUGGAUAGAUAUCACCCAAGACUUUGAGGACUGCUGUAGAGAAUUGAAGUUGGGCGAGUUGCUUCAUGACAAACUUUUUGGUCUUUUUGAAGCAAUGUCUGCUAUUGAAAUGAUGGAUCCCAAGAUGGAUGCUGGUAUGAUUGGAAACCAAGUUAAUCGAAAAGUUCUUAACUUUGAACAAGCUAUCAAGGAUGGUACCAUUAAAAUUAAAGAUUUAUCAUUACCUGAGUUGAUAGGGAUCAUGGACACUUGUUUUUGCUGCUUGAUAACUUGGUUGGAAGGCCAUUCUUUGGCACAGACGGUAUUCACUUGCCUUUAUAUUCAUAAUCCAGACUUUAUAGAAGAUCCUGCCAUGAAGGCAUUUGCUCUUGGGAUCCUCAAAAUCUGUGAUAUUGCUAGAGAAAAAGUGAACAAAGCUGCAGUAUUUGAAGAGGAAGAUUUUCAGUCUAUGACGUAUGGAUUUAAAAUGGCGAAUAGUGUGACAGAUCUUCGUGUUACAGGUAUGUUGAAGGAUGUUGAGGAUGACAUGCAACGGCGAGUUAAGAGCACUCGAAGUCGACAAGGAGAAGAGAGAGAUCCAGAAGUAGAACUUGAACAUCAACAGUGCUUUGCAGUAUUCAGCAGAGUGAAGUUCACCCGAGUAUUACUGACUGUAUUAAUAGCUUUUACCAAAAAAGAGACUAGUGCAGUUGCAGAAGCUCAGAAGUUGAUGACUCAGGCAGCUGACUUGCUUUCUGCUAUCCACAAUUCAUUACACCAUGGCAUUCAGGCUCAGAAUGACACAACAAAAGGAGAUCAUCCUAUUAUGAUGGGUUUUGAACCCCUUGUUAAUCAGAGAUUGCUUCCUCCAACUUUUCCUCGAUACGCAAAAAUUAUUAAAAGGGAAGAAAUGGUCAACUAUUUUUCAAAACUUAUAGACCGAAUAAAAACUGUCUGUGAAGUUGUCAAUUUAACUAAUUUGCACUGCAUACUGGAUUUUUUCUGUGAAUUUAGUGAACAGUCACCUUGUGUUCUUUCAAGAUCAUUGUUACAGACUACUUUUCUUGUGGAUAACAAAAAGGUAUUUGGUACUCAUCUCAUGCAAGAUAUGGUGAAGGAUGCCCUGCGAUCUUUUGUCAGUCCUCCAGUACUUUCACCUAAAUGUUGUCUAUAUAAUAACCACCAGGCUAAGGACUACAUUGACUCCCUUGUUACGCACUGUGUUCGGCCAUUCUGUAGUUUGAUUCAGAUUCAUGGGCACAAUAGGGCUCGUCAGAGAGAUAAACUUGGCCAUAUUCUUGAGGAAUUUGCUACUUUGCAAGAUGAGGCAGAAAAAGUGGAUGCAGCACUUCAUAGUAUGCUGCUGAAACAAGAACCCCAAAGGCAACACUUGGCAUGCUUGGGCACCUGGGUCCUUUACCAUAACCUUCGCAUCAUGAUACAGUAUCUUCUGAGUGGGUUUGAACUGGAACUCUACAGUAUGCACGAAUACUACUACAUAUAUUGGUAUCUCUCUGAGUUUCUCUAUGCAUGGCUAAUGUCAACACUCAGUCGUGCUGAUAGCUCUCAAAUGGCAGAAGAAAGAAUAAUGGAAGAGCAGCAGAAAGGCCGGAGUAAUAAAAAAAGCAAGAAAAAGAAAAAAGCUCGUCCUCUGAGCAGAGAGAUCACCAUGAGCCAAGCCUAUCAAAACAUGUGUGCUGGAAUGUAUAAGACUAUGAUUGCUUUUGAUAUGGAUGGCAAAGUGAGAAAGCCAAAGUUUGAGCUCGAUAGUGAGCAAGUUCGAUACGAGCACAGGUUCGCCCCUUUCAACAGUGUCAUCACUCCACCACCCGUACACUAUUUGCAGUUCAAGGAAAUGUCUGACCUAAACAAAUACAGUCCUCCACCUCAGUCCUCUGAUCUCUACAUGGCUGCUAGCAAACACUUCCAGCAAGCUAAAAUGAUCCUGGAAAAUAUCCCUAACCCAGACCAUGAGGUCAACAGAAUUCUUAAAGUUGCUAAGCCCAAUAUUGUGGUCAUGAAGCUGCUGGCAGGCGGUCACAAAAAGGAUUCUAAAGUUCCACCAGAAUUUGACUUCUCCCCUCACAGAUACUUCCCAGUAGUGAAGCUUAUUUGAGGCAAAGGAUUAGGAGAACAAACAAUCUAUAAUAUGUACAACAGAGCUGCCUUGGUAGGCUCUUUUAUACUGUGCUCAAAAGGGACAUAGUUCACUUGGACAAAAGUACUAUUGGGAGUAGCUUUAUUCUGGCUUCCACACAGCCUGAGUGACAACUGCUGUUUUAAAGUGGUUUGUGUAAUGUUUUACCAUUGGACCUGAUUUUAACAACUUCAUUGUUAAAGCAUUGUAUGUUUUGGUUUUACUGCGGUUUUACCCAUAAAUCGUUUUUAUGAAUGGCUUUUGAAUAUUUGUAAGCAUUUCAGAACACACUUGCCCACUUCAAAAGAACACUGUAGUAAGGGAGUGGUUAUAUUUUGAUGACUAAAAAACAACUCUCCUCUGAAGGAACACUGGUAGGCUCUGCGGAUGUGUAUUAGGCCUCAUAUGAAAUGUUCUUAACUCAUGCACACGCAAAAUUGCAUUGGAGUUUUGCUAAGCAAUAAUUUGGAAGGCAUACCCUUUUAGAGUGUAAAAUCUUCAAAAGAAGGGGGUGAAAUUUCUGGCCACUGGUUGAGUAUUCUAGAUAGAUGUCUUUGGAUUUAAUUGCUGAGAGUUUGCAUUCAGGACUUGACAUUAUUUGGCCAGCCUUUAUACAUACAUGGUUGCACCUUCCUCUCCACUUGUUUUAAAGGCUGCCCUAUACCAAGUUAUUUCUGUAAAUUUUAAAACUUGAAAUGAUUUGGACCACUUUUAUUUGGUUAAGUAAAUGUUCUGUGCACUGUUUUCAUAUUUCGGUUUUUGAAGCAUAAUACAGUUGGGGGGUUUGGGAUUUUUUUGUUUACACAUGUUUGAAGUAUUAACGGCAACAUUAAAGGUAAGGGUAUGUCUAUGCAAAUAAAGAGCCAGCUAGUUUUAUGGAAUGUUCUGUAGAAUACGUGUUUCCUUUUUCAUAGCUUAAGUAGGAGACCUAAAAUCUAGACACACUGUACAUUUUGUUUCCCCUUGAAGUGGGUUUUACUUGGAAUAAGACACCAUCAACCAGGCUAUUCGGGGUUUUUUAUUCUUUAAUUUAAUCCACCAUUGAUCGAAAUAGGUUUUCAUUUCACAAAGACUAGGCUGUUUAAUUGAAGUAAUCAAAAUCAAAUACGUAAUGGAGUAUCUAAUUGGUUAGCCUUGUGCUUAUGCCACCAGUGGAAGGUGAUUGCAAAAGAAAGGAGGCAUUUUUUUUAUUACCACCAAGCAUCCCCAAGACAGUUCUGGAAGGUUAGGGGAUUCUCCAGAGAUUUUCAAUAGCUGAAGGAGGGGAUAGGAUUUGGGGGGGGGGAUCUACCCCCUGCCUCAAAGGUGCUUGUGAAAGGGCACCAACUGGAUAUAACCAUUAGCUGAUAAGCAUGAAAAAAGAUUAUGGAGCAACAAACUUGUACCACAUUUACUAUGUGCCUGGUAUUUUUAAGGGUCACCACUACGGUCAAGGAUGAAUUUGAACAGCUUCUAUGACCUAUACUGAGGCCACUGCAGUAGCAUGCUCUUUCCUAUUCGUGUGAUAAGUACUGAGCUUUGCUUUGCAUUAAGAUACUUCAUACGAAAUAAGUCAAUAUAUGAGGCUUGUAGAUUCAUCAAGUUGCAGAAAGAUUAUAAAUCAUGCUCUUGGCUACUAUUAUGGGCAAAUAUUUCAGUGUUUAAAAACUGGUUUAUAGUGUAUAACCCUAUCGCUAUCUUCUUUCUGGAGGAAAUUGCUAUGGAAAACAAGUACAAAAUCCAGUAAUAAUUGGGAAGAACAGUCUUUCUUUGAUAGCUAGAGAAAACAAUGGGAUUUCUAAAGCUAAAGUU